CCGUUGCCAAGCACUUCAUAUAUUGCAAGUUAAGUGGUUCAUAAAUCCUCUCCGAGUCUGGUCAAAGCCAUUCGUGAAAUAAUAACGUGUCGUCGGUCCCAAAAAUGCAGCAACUCAUGGAUGUGAUGUUGGCCUGAUAUAAACACUCCCAUACAGCAGGUGGCGCUAUGCGUUAGCUGCUAGCUAAGUUUCGACCACAUGAUGGGUGGCGAUAAUGCACCAAUUUGUUGUUUGCCAACCGCCCCCCCCAAAAAAAAACACAAGAAGAAGAAGACCACCACCGGAAGGAAACGGUGAUGUUGUACGUUCGUCGGAAUAUAUCCAGCUUGGGUGCGUUAGCGUCGAGUAUGGACGGUUAAACUGAAGUGAAGAAAACAAACGACUGAGAUACUUUCUCCGCAUCCACACCAACCGUCGAUUGAUAUCGGAUAUCAAAUUCAAGUUUUCAUUUUUGGCUCCGCGCUGAGCGAGCUGCGUCGUCGGCUAGCCUGUUAGCCUUCGAAGCUAACGAGAGCUAGUUAGCGACGGGAAGCUAACUACCCCCUAUUAUUGUCAUCAAAGAGAGACUGUGUACGUAGGCUUCCAUUUUUCUUUUUUCUUUUUUUUAACCUUACCGUGGUUCUUGAGUUCGUACGGUUGUGACCAGCGUUGGGACGAUGGGGUCGUCAAAGAAACACAAGGAAAAGAGCCGCGACAAGGACACGGAGGAGCGCCGUCGCGAGCACAAGAAACAUCGUCACAAGGACCGAGACGCUUCGGAUCGGGAUGGAACUCGGGAUGGAACUCGGGAUAAAGAGAAGCGAAAGCGCUCCAGGUCCAGGGACAGAAGCGGACGAGAGAGUCGCGGCAAGGGCGAGAAGAGCGGCGGCGAGCCGCGAGUGAAAAGGGAGAAGGUUGACACUGGCUAUGAAGAGGGCAAUGCAGAAGUGCAACCCCAGUCUGCGAGCGGAGAUGCGUCUCUCAGCAUCGAGGAAACAAACAAACUCAGGGCGAAGCUGGGUCUGAAGCCUCUCGAGUUAAACGAGACCAAGAAGGAGCUCGGCACCAAAGAGGAUCCAAUGGUGGCUGCGACCAUCAACCCUGUGAUCAUCAAGCAGCAGAGAGAAAUGAAAGAGAAGCUUGCUGCCAUGAAAGAAAAACGCAUCCAGAACCAGAAAUUGGGAAAAGUGAAGACCCUGGCCGAGGAAGACUGGCUCGACGACACCGUUGCUUGGGUGGAGAGAAGCAGGAAAAUGGCAAAAGAAAAAGAACUGGCAGAGAAAAGAGCCAAACUCCUCGAGGAGAUGGACGAGGAGUUUGGCGUGAGCAGUCUGGUGGAGGAGGAGUUUGCGCAAAGCAAGAAUGUCGCCUACACAUCCCGAAAUCUGAAGGGUCUCAAAGUGCAGCAUAAGGUGGAAUCCUUCACCGAGGGCCAGACCGUCAUCCUGACCCUGCAGGACAAAGGUGUGCUUGAGGAGGAGGAAGAUGUGCUUGUCAAUGUGGGGCUGGUGGACAAGGAAAAGGCAGAAAAGAAUGUGGAAUUGAAAAAGAAAAAGCCAGAGUACAAGCCCUAUGAGGAAGAUGAGAGUGUGGAUGACAUGGUGACGCUCAAGGCUCACUCUGUCCUUUCAAAGUAUGACGAAGAAAUUGAUGGCGAAAAGAAAAAGAGUUUCCGGUUGAAUACCGGGGGCUUUGCUGAUGGGGAGCGUGAGCGAGAGCUCCAGGUCAUGAGAGAAACUCUGCGCAACCAGGCCCAGACCCUGGAAAUGCCUGCUCUCGCCAUCGCCUCCGAGUAUUACGCACCUCACGAAAUGGUGAGCUUUAAAAAGACAAAGCGCCGCAUUAAGAAGAUCAGGAAGAAGGAGAAGCAGACAGCGGUAGAUGAACUUCAAAUCGAUGACACCCGCAGUACUGAUUUUGGCUCCAGGUCACGUGGUCGAGGCCGCAGACAGGUGGAGGUUGAUGGUGUGGAAGUGAAAAAGGAGGAGGGGGAGGAGGAGACUGAGACGGAGACCAGACAGCCACAAGAUGUCCCCCAGAUGUCCGAUGAUGUCAGGAUGGCAGAAAUGGACAUCAGUGACGAUGAAGACUUCACACUUCCUGAGGCAACUGUAAUUGAGGAGGAUGAGGCAGAGCAGGAGCUGCAGAAACAACUGGAGAAGCAGAGGAAGCUGAAGCAAAAGCAGCUUCUCAAAGACUCUGGGGAGAAGGUGGCAGAUCAGAUUAAAGUGCUCGAUAGAAGCGAGAACGACAAUGAUCCUGAUAUGAAGAACAACAUUGUUUUCAACGCCACCUCAGAGUUUUGCAGAACUCUGGGUGAUAUUCCAACGUAUGGACUGUCAGGCAACAGAGAGGACCAAGAAGAAAUAAUGGACUUCGAAAAGGUGGAAGAGAAAGAUGACGCUGGAGAUACAGACUCGGAAAUUGAUGAAAACGUUGGAUGGAACAUCGUCAACUUGGACGAGGAGCAAAAAACACCCGACUUUGCCACAGCCUCUGCCACCAUUUUAGACGAAGAGCCCAUCGUCAACUCCGGCCUUGCCGCCGCCCUGCUGUUGUGCAAGAACAAAGGUCUGCUGGACACUCAAAUGCAGAAGGUAUCCCGUGUCAAAGCAACAAAGGGCGCCCUGCCCAACGACAACUACUGUAUCGAAGACAAGAUGGGCUUUGAUGACAAGUACAGUCGCAGAGAAGAAUACAGAGGCUUCACGCAGGAUUUCAAGGACAAGGAUGGCUACAAGCCUGAUGUCAAGAUCGAGUAUGUGGAUGAGUCUGGGCGGAAGCUCACGCCGAAAGAAGCUUUCAGACAGCUUUCCCACCGAUUCCACGGGAAAGGGUCAGGAAAGAUGAAGACGGAGAGGAGGAUGAAAAAGCUGGAGGAAGAGGCACUGCUGAAGAAGAUGAGCAGCAGUGACACCCCUCUGGGGACCGUGGCUUUGCUUCAGGAGAAGCAGAAAUCUCAGAAAACACCAUAUAUUGUGCUUAGCGGGAGUGGGAAAAGCAUGAACGCAAACACCAUCACAAAAUAAUUGGGGAAGAGUGAAUUAUCUUAAGUACAUACAUACAUACAUACACCUUCACACAGGAUGUUUUAAGUAGCUUCUGAAAAUUCCGUGCCCUAGUUCAUGUACAAUCAUUGUCGUAAAGAGUUGUUGAAUAAAGUGAUACAAAAUAA